AUGUCAUCAUCAGCACUGAAUGGUUAUGACUCGAACACAUCCACCUCCACUCCUCUACUCUCAAAUCCUACAAGCACAUCGACUAAUGCCACCAUCCAACAAGCGCAGCAAUCCGCAUCUUCAGUCAGUAACACCGUCUCAAACACUAUGCAAAAUUCACCUGAAUUAGCCAAUAUGACCGUAGGACAGUUACUGGGGCAGACACAACGCCGUAACAUUUCAGUUUCACAUUUGAAUCCAAAUGCGCAACGUCUCUCAAUCGGUCCCCAACGUAAUCAGAUACGUGUCGUUAACAAUCCGAAUGCGGUAUCGAUUUCGCGACAAGUUGGUGGUGCCGUUGGAACGUCGACACCGAAUCAGCAGCCAUCGGCACCCGAACGGACUCAGAUAAGUUAG